CUGCGACAAAGAGCCAUGAACCACCCCAGACAUAUGGGCAAGAUAAGGAAGAGGCUGGAGGAUAUCAAGAACCAGUCUCCGAAGUUGACAAAAGUGGAUUUCAGCCACAACGAAAGCAUAAGAUUGGCCACCGACGCCUUCUUGGAUGGUGGGACAGACUCUUACCUCGAAACUCUAAGCAAAGAGGGUGAGGUGGAUUUCCUGUCCUCGGUGGAAGCUCAGUACAUCAAGGAUAACGCCAGGGAGUCUUAUUACGCACAGGAGUCCCCAGGUGCCGACGGGGCAGCCGCGCCAAAGCAGAACGAUGCCGGGUCACUCCCUUCAGGGACCUACUUCCCCACCAUUUCUGACAGCGGUGAGUCGGCUCUGCUCCACACAUGGAUUACAGCAGAGAAGCCCUAUUUAAAGGAAAAAUCCACCGCCACUGUGUAUUUCCAAACAGAGAAGAAUAGCAACAUUAGAGACAUCAUACGCCGGUACAUCCACAAGACCACUCAGGUGUUAGCUAUCGUGAUGGAUGUGUUCACAGACACUGAGAUUCUCUGUGACCUCCUGGAGGCAGCUAACAAGCGCAUGGUCUUUGUCUACCUGCUGCUCGAUCAUGGCAGUAUAGAUCUUUUCUCAGAGAUGUGUGACAAGCUGCAAAUUCCUGAGGAUCUCUUCAAGAAUAUUUCAGUGCGCAGUGUUACUGGAGAGGUUUACUGUGCCAAGUCAGGCAGGAAAUUUUCAGGACAAAUUCAAGAAAAAUUUCUUAUCUCUGACUGGAGAUAUGUGCUGUCUGGAUCUUACAGCUUCACGUGGCUGUGCGGCCAGGUUCACCGCAACCUCCUCUCCAAGUUCACGGGCCAGGUUGUGGAGCUGUUUGACGAGGAGUUCCGGCACCUGUACGCGCUGUCCAAGCCGGUGCGCGGCCCCAAGACGCCGCCGCGCAGCCUCCCGUUCCUGUUCAGCCGCAGCUGGGCGCCCCCGCGCAGCCUCCCCUACAGCGACCAGGGCAGCGCCAACACCCUCUCCGACUCCUUCAGCAGCCUCUCCGCCGGCAGCACGCACCAGAGCAAGCAGACCCCAAGAACUCUCAUGUUCAACAGCAACUUCACCCCCCAGUCCCCUCUCCACCGAGUCAACUCCUUCCACAGCUAUGUCUCGUUCACCCCCCCGCCUCCACAGAAGGCCAUCCAGCCUAACUACUACCAGCCACACUACAUGGCCGAAAACCCCGCAGUGCCCUACAACAACAUGAACAUUUACAGACCCAUAAGGCUCAGGCAAGAGGAACCGAACAGGACAGGGUUAAGCUCAUCCUGGAGAUGCCUCCACAAAGCUAACCUGUUUGCAUAAUAACCACCUUGUUUGGAAAUGCAAGUAAAUGUAGCGAGGACCUGUUUAGCAAUCGCUUGUGUACUGAUGAAUAUAGAAAUUCUGUAUAAUACAAAUGAGGAUGAUUUCAAGCCUCUUGUUUUGUUGCUUAUGGAUGCUUCAUUUCCCUGAUUAAAAAGCCAAGGCUGCUAAUGUGUGAACCUCAGGUGCAUCAGGAUCCCAGGAAAAAUACAUCUGAAUAAUGAUGCUCACAGUGCAACACUGCUGCUGCCUAUCACCUGCCCCUGGCGGCAUAUUUAUGUACCAGAAGGACAGUAACUGUUUUUCUUGUCUCAGCAACUGAAAGGGGGUAAGGCACAGUUUACUACUAUGCAUUUUUCGCACUUGAAUAAGGAGACUGAAGGCUGCUAUUUCCAUGGCAAACAGAGAUGAUGCUGGCAGCUGUCAUCAAACCUUAAUCUUGAUUUAGGGGGACUGCCUUCAGGCUGGCAGGGAAGCACAGGUCCUGCCACAGCAGUGUCUCAAAGCUCUCUCUGCUUGAGCUGCACAGCAGGAAUGGUUCCCAAAGAUUCUUAGGAAGGGGCCUGGUGCCCUGGACAUGGCUUGAGACGGACAGUUCGGUUAUGGAAGACACCUUACAUUCACCAUAUACUUCCACUGGUCAGCAACACAGGUGUGUCCCAGCACAUUUGGUUACAAACCUCCAAUGCUACCAGCUCCA